GACUUAUGGAGGUCAUCCGCAGCUCAUACGAUUCCUAUACGCUAUCAUUGGCACGCUUUUCGCAAGUUGCUCGUUCGUGUUUCCACAAGCGUCAGCGAGGAGCUUGAAAUUGUCCUGCAUCUUCUUCGCCUUUGGCCGAAGAGUCCCCCGCUUCCGAUAUUGUUCUCCACAUCUCCUUUCACUAGCUCCACGUCGGGAUGAGACUCUUCAGCACAGUUGGUGUCCGGAUAGCAAACAUGAGGGGUACCGGUUUAAUUGCGCUUAUUGUGAUACUGGGUUCUUUGGGGACGCCCAGCUACCAGUUUCUAAAUAAUCGACCACAUCCAACGUACAGUUUGGAAAACAUGCCAGAUACUGAAUUCACAUGCAGGGGUAAAGUUUUGGGUGGAUAUUAUGCCGAUUUGGAUACAGAAUGUCAAAUGUUUCACAUAUGUGUAAAAGUGUCAGGAGUUGGGGUAAGUAAAUUAAAUCAAAUAAUCCUCACAGGGUUCGAAUCAAAGGCGGUGAGAUAUGGUGAUGAUGAAGACGUGUUUGCUCUUCAACGAGCUGAAACAGGUGAUAUAAGAUUAAAUCAAGAAAAGGAAUCGGAGAAGGUCAAUCAGCAGCCAGAACCACGACCCUUCCGAAAAACUACCCCAAAACAGCAAGUGAAGAACAACAACAGUUACAGAAACAACAACGAAAAUAAUAACGAAAGGGACAUAUUCAAAGGAUCAAGUAGCGGUCACUACUUUAACAACAGGAACAACGGCAAGGAGUACGACGAAGACUAUGACGACGGUAAUUAUAACGCCAAUCAAAACGGAGACAGAUUCCAAACUAGGAAAGUGAACAGAAAACCAGUUCAAAAUCAAUAUAGUAACAACAACAACAACAAUAAUAAUAAUCAGGGCGAAGACAGAACAUCAAGUACAAGGAGACCGACAGGAUUUGUGAAUAAUUUCGCAGGAAGUAGCUACGUUCCUACAACACCUCGUCCAAAAACCACCACUUCGGCAACUUACAAACAAAAUAAUCAACAAAAUUAUAACAAUAAUUCACCCACUCAAUACACUGUUAGCACUCCCGCUCCUUUCAGACAAACUCAACAAUAUAAUAACGCAAACAGGAGAACCACGCCAUCUAGACAAGAAGAUGCUUACACAGAAAAUUACCCCAAACAAAAAUCUACCAAAGAACGAGAAAAUUAUCCUACAACAGCAGCGGGUACCACAUUUAAUAACCAAAAAUAUUACAAUACUCAAUACAAAACUCGAACCACGGAGACAGAAAAUUAUCCAUCUACCGCAAGAUUUGAGAAUCAAAAGCAGAAGGCACCCAAGAAAACUGAAAAUUAUCCAACAACUUUCGCUCCGAAAAACAACAAUGUUCAACAAAAGAGCACAUUUACAAAUACCCAAACUACAUACGAUAAUCUUCCAACAACAUUUUCUCCAAGAACGAACGCCGCAUUUGCACAAAUAGCCCAACAAACCACGAGUAAACAACAGCAGAACAACAAUUCCGUAACACCUACCCAAUACACCCCCCAAAAUUACUUCAAUCGUCAAACAACUAAUACUGAUAACAGAAAUACACAACCCUUGAACCAAAAAGCUCCCGCAAACACUCAACAACAAACUCAAACCACCCAGUUCACUCAAUACACCCCUACAGUUCCCAAAGUAACCACAAAAUACUAUCCAACAACUCAGCCUCCUAGAUUUUCAAAUAGAUAUGAUGAGACUCAGUACGAUGACACAUCAAGUGACUCAAAAGAAGAAUUCUUGAGUGCUGCUCAUAGCACAAACAUCGCAAAUAGCAGGAAUGAACUACAAAAGACCCAAAAAUCGACUGCACCCACAACCACUCAGAAACCAAAGCCGUUUUCUUUGACAACGAGUAAAAGUGUGCCUCAAGUAACUCAAACGCUUUCGUCACAAGGAUCGCAACCAGACGCACCUAAAAAGAAGCCUAAGGACUACGAUUACGCGUACUAUGACACAAACGUUAGCGAAGGCGAAGACUACGAUGUUCAUGCAGUUGCUGAUAUUAAAAAGUCUGACAAUAAAAAACAAUAGAAAUGUAAGUUAAAAAUUAUUGUAUCGUUGAACAUUUCUUUUGUACCAUAAAAUUGAUUUUUGUGAAUAUCAUUUCGAAAAAAUAAUUUUUUUUGAAAUUUUCUGUAUACGCAUGACCUCAGAUUGAGACAGGUAAUCGAGAAAUAAAAACGUACUACGAAAUAAAGAGUAGGUAACACCAAAUUAUUGUUUUACAUAUUUUAAGUGUGUAUGUACCUAAGGUCAUCUAACAUAAUGAGUAUUUAGAGUAAGGCUGUAAAUAUAGUG